AUGGAUCAAUGGCUAGACUCGUUGUCUGAAGACUGGGUGUCGCAACCUGCCUCUCCUCGCUCAACCUCAAGCAAGCAGACUUCAACUUUGAGGGAUGCAUCAAGUCCAAAUAGCAAUGGCUCGCAAAGCCGCAUACCCCGCUACAAACCUCGCUCGGCGUCGAACCUGUCAAUAACUGGUAGGAAAGAGGACGGACUGGACUCAUCGCUGCGAAGAGCCAACAGCAGUGAGACUGCGCUGAGGGAGAAGACGUCGUCCAACCUCAACGCCUCGCGCAACCGGUUGCCCAAUGGACAAGUCAAGUUGCAGGGCCCAGGAAGUGCGUCAAGAAAGGCACUCGGGCGGCAGGUCUCUGCAGAAUCGACGCCAACGGUGCCGCAAGAUACCGUUCAAAUAAAAGCCUCACCGGCAAAGAAUAUCGAUGGGCAGGCUACACCGGAUUGGAAGAGGAGGGUACUCAAGGAAAAUCUGGGAAAGGGAGACCUGUUCAGUCCCAUUGGUUUGGAGAGUGUGUUCAAACCACCCACGAUUGGUUCAAAGCAAAAGUCGAAACCUGCGAUGAAGAAGAAGCCCUCGAAGAUACAAGACUUUCCGUCAAGCCCUCCUCCAUAUCCUGCACUUACACGCCAAGGUCCAAACACUCCUGAUGGCGACCCCAAGAAGCCCAAAUUGAUUCUGUCGCCCCGGUCAGAGCUUUCAGGAAAAGAAGAUUCAAGAUACAUGGCUCCACAGGAGAUUGAGCUUCCUUCAACGAUUGGAAAAAGGACGGAAAGGGUUUCCAGUGCCAACAUUAGAACUUCCGGUCCAAUACCAUCGCCAGAUGCAAUUAUGGGCAGAUCACCCAUGUUACCUACUGCUCCUACUCCUCCUCAACUGGGAGCGUAUGACGGAUCAAGUCUUCAGUCUGCAUCAAAUGGUACGAAUGAUAGCAAAAUCUCCAGUGUUUCGGAGAAGGCCCGUGAUGAGAACAUCAGCCCUUUCUAUGUCUCUCGACACAAUACCGUGGAUGGACGUGUCGAAUACGCCGCGAUCGAUAUGUCUAUGCGGCGGCUAAGGUCGCAGAUGGACAAGCUACGUACGCAGCAGCAAAACAUACCCAGCUCUCGCUCGAGUGACCACGAGAUCGAUUACGCGGAUUCUCGGCUCUCUGAUAGGUCACCCUGCCUAGGACAAUUGGACGAGCUUACGAGUCAAUCUCUGCCGGAUGAUCUGUCCAUGGGCACAGAUGCAUACGCUGCCAACGGAGGCUUCGUCAGCAUACACAGAGGAGGUUACUCCAAUGAUGGAUCGUUUCAAAGACGUCCACUGAGCCCAUCACUAUUGCAAGACUUGGAUGGACCAAUUAUGAAAUCUCAGACGUCCAUCACCCACGAUGUGGUACCGUCUCCUAAACUGCCUGAGAUGUUUUCUCAAACCAAAUCGAGCACGCCCUCUUCACCACCAAAGACUCCUAGCCACCAAAAGAAUGAUAGCGCUGGCAGUUAUGAGAGGCCUAGAUCUUCUGGCAGCCCCUUGAAGCUAUUCGAUAAGUACGAUACAUUCACAAAUGAUAGACUGGCACGGCGUAUGAGUAAGUUUGAAGAGACACUGCAGCGGGAUCUGCAAGAAGAUUCGAGUGCAAAGAGUGUCAAUGCACGGUCUUCUCCUUCCCCGGGGCCGAAGAGACGCUUACAAAGAAGCCAUCAUCAACAAAGCGACAACGAUAAAAAGAGUCAAAGGAUCAGUAGCUUUGGAAGCAGCGACCUAGAUGAUCAUCAAUUUCCGGCUUAUGAAACAACAGGAUCGCGUUCGCAAGACGCAGAUGCUCCUGAAUCACCACAGUCAGACCCUAGCGAUUUUCGAUUUGAGCGUCCAUCUCUUGAUCGCUCCUGUGGGAAGAUUGCGAGAGACAGGAGAAAAUUUAAGGCCCGAGGAAAAGACGAGGGUGACACGCUGGAGCAACAUCAUGAAAGCCGUUCCAGAGGAGCGCGGGCAAAGAGCACUAAGGAGCGCCAUCAUCGAGUCGAGCUUGGGCAGCGUAACUCCCUGCAAACUAACACAAGAAAGCGAUUGCCUUAUUCUCCAGCAAAGGAUCCUGCACCAAAACGUCGAAGAACUCUACGUAGCUCCGAGGAAAUAGAUCAGGAUAUUGCACAGCUCCGGCAGCAAGUGGAAAUCAAGGAACAGCCCGUCUCCAUGACAGGCCGAAAGAGGAAAGACGCGCUCUACAACAGCGACAACCAAGUCGCUGACCCAAAUGUACUUGCCAUGCGCCAUAUACGACAGCCCAAACUGCCAGCCUCGAGUCCGGUGAGCUCUCCAGUGCAGCAGACCACCUCAAGAAUAUCUGGCCUCCCACCUCAGCCGUCUCCAGUCCCAGUGCACAACCAGGAUGCCGCCUCUGCCAUAGAUCCUCCUACACAAAUCGUGGCUGGAGCUUUAGCUACUAUCGCUCUCAACACAGUGCAAGAUAUCACUUAUGGAUCCCGCAAAGCUUCUGUCACGACAGCAGAUUUCUUCAACGAAGCUCAACAGAUCAUGCAGCUAAUCCGUAACCAAGGACGCCCACGAAGCAGUCACACUACUGCAGAUGCGUCGGAAGUAGGCCAGCCAACAAUUGCUGAGGAAUCUGUUGUGGAAGACUCCACCAAAGAUGAGUUCUCAAGGCCACCUAGCCGAGAGGGACAUAGUCCUCCACGGUUGAGGAUUCCUGCGCAGACGGAUGCGAGGGUGAUCAGCCAUCUUCGCAAAUUUGAGGAACAAGAAACCUUGGGCCUUGCACUUUCUUCAUCGCUAAAAACGCUGCAGAUCGGUCAGUCCGGGAAGACAUCAGAGUGUUCUGCACCUGCACAUGAGGGGGGUGACCCUCAUGGCGGCACAGAAAGUGACCCACCAAACGUUCGCAUACGCGAGAAUAAUGUCCAAUCUCACAAGCGCAAGCAUUCGCCUUCAACACAUGAACUGUCGAUUUUGGGAUCGGAAAGACAGAUCCAGUCCAAAGAAUUUCACUCAAGUUCAGGUCCAUCGACCAGUCGCUCUAAUCCCACCGGAUCAUCCCACAGCUCUACGAACAGGUUGGUGAUUGCCCCUCAGACCGUCGCUCAUCUCCUGUCAGACCAGAUGGCGGGCAUGGUGUUUGAUCGUCAGAAGCAAUUGUGGGUUAAGCGCAAAGGUUCAGCCAACGUCGACAAUGAUGAGAUUCACGAUCGUACUGUGAGCGAUGGGACUGAGGAGGACCUCUUUGGUGAUAUACCCGACUUAAGUGUGGAUGAGAUGGAGGAGUUGAAACGAGUCAAGGAAUCAAUAUCGUCUGUUAAAUCCUCAGGCUCAGCAGUGAAUAAAGAUUCCAGUCACGACCAAGCAAUAAUAUGCGAAGCUAUCGCUAAGGUAUUAGAUAUCUCUGAAGCAGUUGGAGAGGCGAGACCGAGAACUGCAGAUGGCAAAAUGUUAGAGACCGUCGAAGACCGCUCAGCGCCUUCGAAAUGCUCUCAAUCUGCUUGGAGCGGUCCUCAGUCCGGUACACGAGCUACGUCCUGGGUUGAGGAGGCUUUACCGCCUAAAGAGACUCCACCAGUGUUCUCUACAGACCCUAGUGAUCAGCACGAAGCAGAAGUCGAACACGAGAUCAGUAUUCUCGAGGGCCGUGAAUCCCGGGUUCCUAAACACCAAAGUGGCAAACAUCGCCAGGCACGUGUGGUCACGGUCGCCUUUUCUUCGCCAUUAGUAGAUCAGAGAGAACCAGCGCACGAGAAUGAUGACGAUGACCUCGACCUCUGGGAAGGACAGAGUGAAUUUGAUCCAGAAGAAUCACCCAUCCGCUCAGCUUAUCAGCCAUCGAGGUCCAACAGCAGGCGCACAUCUUUUGGUGUAGUGCAAAAGUCAGGCCGACGCGGUACUUCGCGUCGAAUGUCAUUUAGCAACCAGUCCUAUCAUGCCCGCCCAAUGUCUCGCCUUGAUGAACAAGAUGAGUUGUCGUUGGUUCAAUACUCAAAUCAAGGCCAUCCUAUGACUCUGGAAGUAGCAGUAUCAACCCCUCUGCCGAUGUCAAGGAGCUUGAUGGUGCCGCCAACGACAGGCAACCGGUCUAGCGUAAGCUUUCACCUGAGUCCACUACCUGACUUCACCGUACAUCAGAUCGACAAGCCUCUUGACAGUGACCUUGGUCAAGUGACGAGGAGACCAAAGCAGUCUCGGACAUACCAGGCCGACAACAUAUUGUCGCUCGCUGCCCAAGAUCUGGUCAAGAAUCUUACAGACUUGGAACCUUAUGAGCCAUACUGGGAUUACAUACGCAGUGUCGACUUACAUGACCGAGAGUUGAAAACUCUGCACAUGCUUGAUGAGUUCUGUGGAGGAAUUGAGGAGCUCGAUGUUUCGAACAAUCAGAUCGGGGAGUUGAAUGGCAUUCCCAGUACUGUUCGGCGACUGAACAUCCAGGAGAAUUGCUUAUCGGACCUUGCAGCGUGGAACUCCCUAUACAAUCUUCAGUACAUGGACGUUUCAGGGAAUAAUCUUCAGAGUGUACAGGGCUUCCAUAGCCUUGUCCACUUGCGAGCUUUGAAAGCAGACUACAACGAAAUCCGAAGUUUGAACGGUCUCGAGGACCUGGACGGUCUGAUAAGCCUAAGCCUGAGAGGUAACAAGCUGCGAGCUGUUGACCUUGACAACUUCAAUCUUCAGCGGCUUGCUGAUCUUGAUCUGCGUGACAACGAGCUUAUUCAAGCAUCGAAUCUAGAUCAGCUAGCAAGCCUGAAGACUUGCGAUCUCAGCUACAACGACCUUGAGAUAUUGGACAUUUCCCGGUCCAAGCCUCUCUCCAACUUGGAGACUCUCAAUAUAUCCAACAAUUGCCUCUCAUUUCUUGAAGUGGCAGCUAUGCCAAAGCUCAAAAUCCUCAACAUUGACAAGAAUUCCAUUGCGCAGAUUGAGGAUCUUAAUUGCUUAAAGCAACUAGAGACCCUGUCAUGGCGCGAACAAACACUCACGCCUGCUUCUAGCCUAUUAGAAAUCCAAUACAACGACUGUUAUGAAGUCCGCAACUUAUUUCUCUCCGGCAAUCCCCUCCCAGAAUUCGCCCCAUCGACGCCGUUCCUCAACCUACACCACCUGGAGCUUGCUUCAACAGGCUUGCAGAGCUUUCCUCCAGAUUUCGGUCUACAGUGCCCCAAUGUUCGCAUUCUCAACGGCAAUUACAAUGCCAUCCGUGAUUUGCGUCCCUUGCUCGGGAUAGUCAAAUUAGAGAAGCUGCUCGUCGCAGGCAAUCGUAUCUCUAGAUUGCGGCGAACAGCAGCUGUACUUGAUCGGGUAGGAAAAGGCUUACUCGAGGUUGAUCUGCGAAAUAACCCCUUGACCGUGGGCUUCUACACGCCACAGGAACCUGCACGGGAGGAGAAGCGUGUCGUGCCUCAUGGUCGCAACUCGAUAGCAAGCAACGAUGAGGUUGGGUCUGAUUUCCAAAACACGGUAGCGUACCUCCUGCCAGCUGUGGAUAAGGCAGCCGACAACCUCUCACGUGAAAGAUUGGAUGAGGACACGAAGUUGAGGAGAAGGGUUUAUGAAAUGCUGGUCAUCAAUGGCUGCAAGACUCUGGAGAGACUAGAUGGACUGGAAGUAGACAGAGAGAUGGUGGGCAGGAAGGACGGCAUUUGGGAGAGGCUGAUUGAUUUGGGCGUUUUAAAAGCCAAGGGAGGUGAAGACGAAAAGUAG